AUGAGUAAAGUGACGCCAAACAAAAUUGUUACUGACUUUAAUAAAUUUUCAAAAAGCACUUUUACACUUACAUUUGCUAUUGAAAUUCUAAGAAUGGAUGUUUGGCAUGACUGUAAUGAAGGGUGGUUAGAUCUCGGGCCAUAUCAUCAAGCUAUAAAAAUACAGUACCAACUGUAUCCUGGACAAAAUUAUGAUUUAGACAUUCUUAUAUGGCCUCAUGUUGUAAAGAUUUGGUGUGGAAGUCAAUUCGGUUAUGUACGGACGUGGCAAUUUUUAGAGCGACGCUGGUUUACAUUUUCAAUCCGUCACGCCUUUGUCGCUCGAGUACUCGACUUAAAAAAUCAUACAGCAACUGUGACAUGUUCUAUGGGAGGCGGUAAUCUGAGUAAUAACGCCAAAAAUGACAAGAAUGUGGAGGCUUAUCUUCCACCUUUGAAAUUUGGUGAACGCCGAUAUUUUGGGUCAGUUUUAGAAAAAGAAGAGACCUUUGAGGAAUUUAUUCAGAAUUCAUUAUAUAAACUCAUUGAGAUUCAUAUUCCCGCUUCAUAUUUGGAUGGAGCUUUCGAUACACCUAGCAAUGUUACGGAUGUAAGACAUCAAGAUGCGAUUUUGUAUAACGUUCAAGAAGAAAUUCUAAAAAAAGAUGAUAUUUUUGAAAGAGAAUCGCUAACUAAAUCAGAAGAAAUGAUAAAACCAAAAGAGAGAAGAGAAUCGAAAUUAGUUAAAGAAAAAGAAAAGAAAAAACCGACAGAAGUACAAAAGGAAAAAUAUGGUAUUUAUUUGUCAGGGAACGCUAUUUUAGCGGGCAGUGGUCGGAUUUCUAUGUUUAACUCAAUUGGUGAUCGUCCGCCAGACCAAAGUAAUACCAUAGUGUUAAUCAGUAGUAAAAACCUACCUUCAUACGACGAUUUGCCUAUAAUAUUUGUGAACAUCGAAAAAAUAUAUGAUUUACCAAUGGAGGAAUUCAAAAAAGCAAGGAUAUCGCAAAUAUAUACCCGUUGGAUAAUAGGUGACGAAGAACACGAUUCACAAAAGCAAGACAUAAAAUCCCCAAAACCUAUAAACUUUAAUGACUACCAUACGGUCCCAUUACAGCUCUCCAAAGCUUUUGAGAUUACUACUGCAUUUUUAGAUGACCCAUUUGAAAUACAGCUUCGCGGCGUGCGACAGCCUAACCUAAUAUAUAGCAAUCCUAUUUUUUUCGGGCAAGAGAAAAAUGAUCACUUUAAUCCUAUAUCCUCUAACAUUAGCAAGGAUAACCAAGAUGUUCUUAUAGCUAUAACAAAAAUAGAUUUAAGUUGUUUGGCGAAAGGCAACAACGAGCUUAUAAGAGGGGAGUUUCCUUUGUUUCCACCCAAAGUUUCAGUGGCAUACGGUUCUAGAAAAAGUUGCUGUACUAAUCAUAUGAAUGCCAUAGGACUAGAAGUAAAACCAGAUGUUGGUAUUCAGUCUUCUGCCGUUUUGCAAGCACAAAUGACUAUAGAAACUACUAUAGGUCUAGUAGGAUGCAAAGCAAAAAGUUUUGCUCAAGGAUUUUCAAGAUUAUACUGCCAAACUUGCAAUUCACAAGCUGUAAAUGCGAUCUUAAUGGAAAUAAAUAGAAUUAAUGAACACAGUAUGAGUUCAAAGGAUUUAAACUCUGUUUUAACAGGCUUUGUUCUAGAUACCAGGAAUGAAAUUGUAUUUUAUAUUGAGGGACCAAAAAAUGGUGAAAUUUUAAAAAUAUGGGAAAUUAUCAAGGCUUUUUAUACUAAAGUACUAGUACACUUUUCAUGUUCAGAACAACAUCUGGACCGCAUUUAUCCUAGUAUGAUCUUAGAUUUU